CUUCAAUGGCGACUUCAUCAAAUUCAAUCACAUUGAGAACUAUACCAGUAGGCAUAUAUAAUUGGUUCAAUAUCUGUUAAGCAAUCAAUUCCACUCUAAAUAAAAGCUUCUGCCAUGGCCGCUGCAGCUGCCGUUACUCCUAAAUCUGCUGCAUUCGGUGCAAGAUCGUCAAAUCUGUCGGAUGCCUAUUUGAAUUCGAUCUGUUUGAGAAAGCCAAGUUCCGGAUUCCGAUAUAACAUUGAACGGAAAUGGGGGAAUUUGUCACUGCAAGGUGGCGGCGGGAGGAACAGGGGAGCGAUUGUAGAGAGAGAAAACAGAGGGAGAAGAGGAGUGGGGUUGGUGAAGUGUACGGCGGAGGGGAUAGAGAGAGGAAUAUUGACGGGAGGGAGAGCGCAAAAAGAUGGUUUUGUUAUGCCGGAGCGGUUGAAGGUGGUGGCGUUAAUGGCGUGUGUGAUGUGUUUGUGUAAUGCUGAUAGAGUUGUUAUGUCUGUGGCUAUUGUUCCUCUUGCAGCCAAACAUGGCUGGAGCAGUUCGUUUUUGGGCAUCGUUCAGUCAUCAUUUCUAUGGGGAUACAUUUUUUCAUCCGUCAUUGGAGGAGCCUUGGUGGACAAAUAUGGAGGAAAGCGAGUGAUAGCUUGGGGAGUAGCCUUGUGGUCCUUGGCCACUCUUCUUACUCCAUGGGCAGCAAAUCAUUCCACAGCUGCCCUUUUAGCUGUUCGUGCUUUCUUUGGUCUUGCUGAAGGAGUUGCUCUUCCAUCAAUGAACAUCCUUUUAUCCAGGUGGUUUCCAUGUAAUGAACGAGCUACGGCUGUUGGUUUAUCUAUGGGUGGAUUUCACCUUGGUAAUGUUGUGGGAUUGGUACUAACGCCUAUCGUGAUGUCGUCGGUUGGAAUUUCUGGUCCGUUCAUUCUCUUUUCGUCGCUCGGACUUCUAUGGCUAACAAUGUGGACACUUCGGGUUACAAAUGAUCCACAAGAAAGUCGUUCCAUAAGCAAUUCUGAAUUGCGAUUAAUUCAGGCAGGAAAAUCCAAGGCUCCUCCUUUAAAGAAGGGUGAACUCCCUCCUCUCCGCCUAUUGUUAUCGAAAAUGCCCACGUGGGCCAUCAUUUUUGCUAACGUUACCAACAAUUGGGGAUACUUCGUCCUUCUCUCAUGGAUGCCCGUUUAUUUUAAAACCGUAUUUAAUGUGAACCUAAAGCAAGCAGCUUGGUUUAGUGCAGUCCCAUGGGGAACAAUGGCAUUCUCAGGGUAUGUUGCCGGUGCUGCUUCUGAUUAUUUAAUCAAAGAAGGACACUCGUUGACCUUUGUCCGCAAAGUUAUGCAGUCAAUCGGUUUCAUUGGGCCAGGGUUGGCUUUGCUUUGCUUGAAUUAUGCCAAGACACCCGUGAUUGCAUCUGUGUACAUCACAGUCGCGCUCAGCUUGAGCGCUUUCAGUCAAGCCGGAUUCCUGUUAAAUAUGCAAGAUAUUGCACCCCAGUAUGCCGGAUUUCUCCACGGGAUUUCGAACUCUGCUGGGACAUUAGCUGCGAUAAUUAGCACAAUCGGGACCGGUUACUUUGUGCAGUGGCUGGGAUCGUUUCAAGCCUUCUUAACGGUUACAGCUGGGCUAUAUUUCGUGACAGCCAUAUUUUGGAACAUAUAUGCCACGGGUGAACGAGUCUUUUAGAUAUGCAAAUGAACAAGAUGACACGAUACAAUUAAACUAUUUUAUUGGUAGGGAGGAGAAGUUUAGUGAUUCUUUUUCGGCAGUAAUAACUGUGUUUGAGAUGAUUGGAAUGUUGUAUGCCAUAAGUUGUUAUAGGUUAAAAAGGUGGGUUUUGGGGGGUGGUUAUUUGUUUAAAUCUUUGUGCAAAGUGUAAUUUUACAAAAUAUAGAAGAAUAUUUUGUAUUGUUCUGUUAAAUAAUAUUAACCAUUAUUAUAUGAAGGUUGUUUUUAGAG